AUGAACCAGACUCCUUAGAUAUUGGACACUAUUGUAAGGCUUCAAUUAUUUAUAGCAGACUGAUUAAGAUGCACUACAUAAGGCCUAAAAUUAAUUCUUAAAUCAAAAUAUAAAAACUGAGGAAUAAAGUCAAUCUUAAGUACCAAUAGCAAACUUUUAACCGUAAAACAACCAAUUUAAGCAGCCUCAAUUUAUGGUAGAAAUUGGAUUAAUUUCAGUUCGGACAAGGAAUGCCACCUGGAAUGCCACCAGGAAUGCCAUAAGGAAUGCCACCAGGAAUGCCAUAAGGAAUGCCACCAGGAAUGCCAUAAGGAAUGCCACCAGGAAUGCCAUAAGGAAUGCCACCAGGAAUGCCACCAGGAAUGCCAUAAGGAAUGCCGCAAGGAAUGCCGUAGGGAAUACCAUAAGGAAUGCCACCAAUGUCAUAAGGAAUGUAGCCUCGGGCUAUGACAAUAGGAAUGCAAUCUGGAAUGCAAUCUGGGAUGCUUGGAAUGCCUCCUGGAAUGCCUCCUGGAAUGCCUGGAAUAAUUGGAAUGCCUAUGAUGCCACCAGGAAUGUCUGGGAUGCCAAAUUAAAUGCCAGCCAUGCCACCAGGAAUUAAUCCUCCAAAUAUGGGUAAUAACUUUAUUCAUUAAAACAAUACGCUGUAAUAUCCUCCACAAUCAUUUAAUCAACCUAAAUUUUCUGAUGACAGCCAGAUGUAAUUAAAGAAAGAAAUAGACAAAUUAAAAAAUGAAAUAACUACUAAUGAAGAUGAAAAGUAAAAAAUGGAAAAUGAGUUCAAAAAGAAAAUCCAACAAUUAAAUGAACUGAAUAAUAAAUUAACAAGAGAUUUUGAUGAGUAGAAAUUCGAACUACAAAAUUAAUUUAAAAAAAAAGAGGAAGAAAAAGAGAGUUUAGAAAAAUAAUACAAAGAAAAUAUCAGAAUUUUAUAAUAAAAGAUUAGUUAAUAGGAAAUAGACCAUAAAGAUAUUGAGAAACAAAACUAAGCAGAGAUAAAAAGAUAUAAGACAGAAGUUGAAAACUUAAAAAGCUAAAUCCAGCAAUUAUAAGAAGC